AGCGUUAGAGGUAGGAACUAACUCAGUACAAGGAGGUACGAGUGACUGGAUUUAACAUGAGAUUUCGGUUUUGUGGAGACCUCGAUUGCCCUGAUUGGGUGCUAGCCGAGAUAAGCACUCUUUCAAGAAUAUCCUCUGUAAAAAUGAGACUUCUAUGUGCUCAAGUUAUCAAGAAUUUGCUUGGGGAAAACAUUGAUUAUGCCAAAGUAGAGAAGCUCACCUCAGAUGCCAAGUACGAACUGGGGGACGUCAAAGCUACUAUAGCUGCUCUUUCUUUCAUCCUUUCGAGUGCAGCUAGGUAUACUGUAGAUGGAGAUUCGUUAUUGAAUGAACUACAACAGCUAGGAUUACCAAAAGAGCACAGUGGCUCGCUGUGUAAGCUUUAUGGCGAAAGUCUUUCAAAGUUGCAAGAAGCUUUUCUGGAUAAAACACUGAAAUUGGAUGGAAUUUCUAACCUGGAAUGGAGAGUUGACUAUGUGCUUGGUUCGAGCGAACUAGAGAAAAUUCGUGAGGCCGAAGUUCAGGUUAAAUUCAACAAGACGAGUGCGAAUAAUCAGGAAGGAGAACCUGUUGCAUUUACAGUGACUUCUGAGAAGUUUAGGGUGUUACUUGCUGAAUUGAAACAAGCUUAUACUUUGAUGGAAGGAAUGUCAUAAUGGCUGCAUUGUAAUAGUGCUAAUAAUAUUGCAAAUAUUAUACAAAGUACUAUAGCCAAUUUUUCUCUAAAAUGGAAAUGACAGAGAAUUAAAAUUCAAGAGAGGAAUAGAGAUGUUUUAGUGGAAGAGGGACUACUUUUUCACUUUUGUAUGUUUUCCCAUUUCAGACCAAAUCAUUUUCUUGAGCAGUUGAACAGGUUUCAAAAGACUGAUAGUAUGAACAUGCUGUUUCAUGAUAAUAAGUGUAUCUUUUCUAAGCAAAGGCCUUACUCAUGCUGCAGCCCUGUUUAUUCUUGAGAAUAAAAACCUUUGUUUAUCGCACAUAAAUUUAUUUUCUAAAAUGCAAGCCUAUACAUGGAGGAAUUUAUUGUUCCAGUCAACAUGGCUGCCAUUUGAGUAAGGCCCAUUUUUAGUGAAUGAGCAAAGAUAUUAGGUGCACUGUUUGAUCCAGAGGAUGUAAAAAUUAUGCGUUGUGAUAGUACGCCAGGUGAUUUUGCAGUCAUAUGAAAGCGACUCUAUUUCUUUCUUUUCCAUGAUUAGCUUUGCAUUGAUUGGAUCAAUUUUAGUAUGCAAAAGGUUUAAAAUUGGUAAACAUGCUUAAUGAAAAAAUCUUCAGUUAUGCAUUCAAUCAGCUGAAUAAAUCUCAUGGUGUACCAAUCUCAUUAUAAGACUGUUUGCAAUGACUGGCAAACACUGUCUGUCAAGCUCAAUGAUUCAAGUAGUUUUUAUAGUAAUAUGAUGGACAAAGGAGUAUUUCUUUACUCAAGCCAUAUAAAGUGUCUCAAGUUUAAUGGUGUAUGUAGAUGACUGAUAUUUUUUAUUAUAACACAAAGAAAAUGAAUAAACAAAUAGAAUAUCACCCAGAAAUAUCAUGCACUAAGAUCAUUUUGUUCAAAGUUUGUUUGUACUUGUACGUUAAGUUUGGAACAACAUAUUAUAUUGAUUGUUUCUAAGGUGCUGAUUGUAGCAUUUGAGUUACACCUGGCCUAAAGGUAGUCAGAAGGAAAGUGCACUAUGGGAUAGCUUGGGGUAAGAAUGGCACCAACCUGUGUAGAAUUCAGCUUCCUUAGAGACGUCACGUAUCAUAUGACAUAUUAAGACCUAAGUACCUAAAUCACCAAGCACUGCUAGCUCCAAUAUGUUACCAAUCCUCCACACGCUCACUGGAUCUUCUCUUAAGAUGAAUCAAAUUAUUUCUCAUAGCUAAUAGUACUAGUGUAGGGCUAGUUAACCAGGGUUCAAAGUUUGCUUAAGCAAAAUGGCAAAAUGCAUGUUGUUUCCCAUUUGGCCUGGAAAAAUAAAUUAGGUUUCCAGUCUU